UCGGCGGGGGAAGCGGACCUGGAACCCGAUAUCACGCUUUGUUCCCUCGUUGCCCAUCGAUCCAAAUUGGUGUAGACCCCAUUGGCGUUUCUUUGUUUAGUUUUCUGGGCAGUCAAGUUGUGAGGUAUUCAUGAGCAGUUAUUGGCCUGGUGUGGACCUUGCGUCUCAACCACACAAACCAAGGUUUUCCUAUCCCAGGAUAACAUGUUUCUCUAAUUGUAGGAUCCUUAAAUUUAGAGCAGUCGCAGCCGCUGGCUCAGUCAAUAAAGGAUCCGGGCCCAACACGUACUUUCACAGUAGUUCCCAGGGCAGCAGAAAGUACUGAUAUCCCACCUUAUGUGAUGAAGUGUCCAAGUAAUGGUUUGUGUAGCAAACUUCCUGCAGACUGUGUAGAAUGCAAGACAAAUUUCUCCUGUGUCUAUGGGAAGCCUGUCACCUUUGACUGCACGGUCAAACCUUCUGUUACCUGUGUUGAUCAAGACUUCAAAUCCCAAAGGAACUUCAUCAUCAACAUGACUUGCAGGUUUUGCUGGCAGCUUCCAGAAACCGAUUACGAGUGUUCCAAUUCCACCAGCUGCAUGACGGUGUCCUGUCCCCGGCAGCGGUACAUGGCCAACUGCACCGUGCGGGACCACGUUCAUUGCCUGGGUAACCGUACCUUUCCAAAGAUGCUGUACUGCAACUGGACUGGAGGUUAUAAGUGGUCUACUGCUCUGGCUCUGAGCAUCACCCUCGGUGGGUUUGGAGCUGACCGUUUCUACCUGGGCCAGUGGCGGGAAGGCCUUGGCAAGCUCUUCAGCUUCGGCGGCCUGGGCAUAUGGACGCUGAUAGAUGUCUUGCUGAUUGGUGUUGGCUACGUGGGACCAGCAGAUGGCUCUUUGUACAUUUAGCCGUGGUUAUGUGCUUCAGAGAGGAGCAGUGCUUUGAAGUCUCUUUGCCGGUAGGAGUUGAUGUGCUGUGACUAAUGUAUUUGUAUGUUUUUAAUGUACAGCAUCUGUACUUUGCCUGCCUUGAUGAAGGUAAAAUAAAACAAAACAAAACAAAACAAAAACAAAAAAAC